ACAACUAAUGUGGCUAAAAUGCUUUCUCAAUAAAAUGACGGGCCUUUCCACACACCAAAAAAAAAAAAAAAUGACGGGCCUUCAAGAUCUCUGGGCCCAGCCCUCUGUAAUCUGACAAGCCCAGUCGACGAUAGCCCGAGUGCCCGACAUCAUCCUCGUCAUGCCCAAUUCAAGCGGUAAACAAGCACAAAUUAAAGCGGAAAAAGCAGCAGCAAAACCAAUCCAUCUAUUACGCUGGAAGUCAAAACCCUAGCAGGAGGGUUUAGGCUGCCGGAAAAUCCUCUGUUACAGAGUCGAGGAGCUCCGAUACCAACCAGGGCUAUCAGAGACAGAUUCAGGAAUUUCGCUUGACCCAACUAGAGGUAUUUAUUCCUCGUCAUUGUAUUAGGUAUCUGUUUCACCAUUUCCGCAGAGCUUAGAUAAAGGGGGGGUAAAUGGGUCCUCAAAUCUGCAGGACUCUCGUCACCUUCUAUCUUAGAUCGUCUUCACAUUCUCUCCCAACCCGUUUCCUCGAUCCGAGCUCCGUUUCCUUCUUUUCCUCUAUCGCUAACAAAACAGCUAAAAAAUCCAAAAUUUCUGUGUUCGAUUACUUGGUCAAUCAACAACAGUUCUCCCCUGAUAUUGCUUCCAAAGCCUUGUCGAUCGCAGCCGUGAAGCACAUCAAAACGCCGGAAAGGGCCGACUCUGUGUUAUCAUAUCUCAAGGAUGUUGGUUUCAGCCGAGCUCAGAUUGAAACCAUUGUUCAAAAGGUGCCGCGGGUUCUUAAUUCUGAUGUUGAGAACAUAUUGAAGCCCAAGGUCCAGGUUUUCCAGGAUUCAGGAUUCGCAGCAAAGGAUGUAACCGAGAUAAUAACUGGCGAUCCUUGGAUUCUGACAAGAAGUCCGUUGAACCGACUAGUGCCGUCCAUCGUAGCAUUGAAAAGUGUGGUUGGAUCUGUGGCCGAUGUCGCUGCCUUGUUGAAGAAAUCUGCUUGGUUUUUGAAACUUGAUUUGGAGGCCACCAUGCUGCCUAACAUCGAAUACGUGCAGAGUUUUGGGGUGAGCGAGGAGAAGAUAUUGAGGUUCAUAUCUAGUUUCCCAAGGUUUUUCCUUUUCAAGCCUGAGCAUGUGAAGGAGUUUGUUCGAAGGGUUGAUGAGAUGGGGUUCGAUAGGGAGUCAAACAUGUUUCUGUAUGCUGUUCGGGUUGUAAGUUCCAUGAGUCCAGAGAAAUGGGAGGUCAAAUUGAAGCUGUUGAGGGAUUUAGGCUUUUCAGACGAGGAUAUUCUGUUUGCUUUCAAGAGGCAGCCUAUGGCAUUCUCAACCUCAGAUAAGAAGGUCAAGGAAGUGGUAGAUUUUUUAGUUACCGAAGCGAAUUUGGAAAUUUCAAGUAUUGUGAAAUCCCCUCAGUUGCUCAUUUGCAGCAUUGAGAAAAGGAUAAAGCCACGGCUGAUGGUUAUAAAAGCAUUGCAGAGCAGGAAUUUGCUCUCUCGAGAACCUAAGAUGAACUCUGUUUACAAGAUGGCUCAUGCGUUGUUCUUGAAGAAGUAUGUGCUUCCCUAUUUGGACAAAGUUGAAGGCUUGAUGCGAAUAGCUAUGGGAACAGUAGCUGCCUGAUUGCAUGAAGUUGUUUCUCUCUGGCAAUGGAGAUACAGUCUGCUACAUGCUGCUACAGAAUAAGUGCAAGUGAGUUGAGUUCGAUUCCGCAAAGUCAGAAAUUGAAGUAAGGUGAUGGUCUCUCAAUCACUCAUGGAGGGAUUAUGAACUUGAGGGAACUUACUCAUCAUUGCUGUUUCUUUUCAUGUUUUCUUUCUGUGUUCUACCAAAGGGUAAGUAGUACAAGCUUUUUUUUUUUUUGGCGAUCCAUUUGGCUACCGGUUCAACAUCGUCACGAUUAGAACAACUCACUUGCAGAAAGCUAGGGAUUGAUUGUGGUUGUAUUGUAGUCUGAACUCUAAAUGACCAGGAUUGUGUUUUAUUUUGUUUUGCUUCUUGGUGGCAACUGACUUAAGUUCUCAAUACAACUUUAGGAAUUUGUAAAUGCACUGGUCAUUCUCAAGCAACUUUAGGAAGCUACUCCAGAUAGUUCAGUAAUGGUUGUCAUUUGUCAAGCUGGAGAGUGGAGGAUACUAGGGGUGUUCAAACGGUUUGGUUACCGUGGUAACCAUUUUAACCGGUACUAUUUGGAUAAUUUGGUUUGGUUAAUUUGGAUAAUUGGUUUGGUUUGGUUAAAGUUUUUAGCUUGUUUGGUUUAGGUGGUUUGGUUUGGUUUCAGACACUCCUAACCAGUCAAACCAAAUUAACAGUUAAUUAAUUAAUCAUAUAUCUAACAUAUAUUAUAUACACAUACUUAAUACUUUGCAUAACCACUCAAGAGUCAACGUUCAUCCCUUUUAGACUCAUAUAAAAUAUAAAGCUCAAUAUUGCUCAUAUAGUGUAUAUUUGUAUAUGUAAAGUGUAGACCACAACAUAUGGACGCCUAAUUUAGAUAAAUUUCAUACAUUAUGAUGGAUGAAAACUUGAAAGGAAGGUCAUUUCCAGCCUAUGAUAAUUGCUAAGAGACUAAGUCAAUUUACACAAACACAACAAUUCAUUAACUCAUACCAUUUUCAUAAAUUUUUGUUAGGUGAAUACUUCUAUACUAAUCGUAAGAUAAUUGUCUUAGUUGCAUGUACUUUUGUUAAGGGUCAACUAUAACUACGUGCUGAUUGUUAUGUUUUAUUCAUUAUAUAAAUUGCGAAUUGUUGUAUUAACCGAAAAAUUUUCAUCAUCAAUGAUAAUGUGAUUUAUAUUGGUUAAUCUGGUUAACCAAUUAACCAAACCGAUUAAAUUUUAGUUUGGUUAAUUUGGUUGUUGUAUUAGUUUGGACGGUUUGGUUAUGAUAUUGUAUUCCAUGGUUAAUGGAAUUUAGCCUUAUUUGGUUUGGUUAUAACCAUGGUAACCAUUUGAACACCCCUAGAGGAUACGGUGUGUGAUUAUCAUUUUUAUCAAUAUCGGACUGGCCGGUUCAAUUUGAUAAAACCGGAUUGGCUACACUUUCGGUCCUGACAACCUCAAGACGAUAAGAAAUCUAGUUGGACGAGUCAUAAUCGGUUCAUCCGAUUAAUUGGUAAAAUUAGUUCACUCGGUUAACCUGCAAGCUGGACUACCCAAACUACUGUUUUGGGUCUAGUUUUAGUUUUUUCUAAGAACCUAAAACAUAAAAAAGUAAAACUGGACUACCCAAACUACUGUUUUUGGUCUAGUUUUUAGUUUUUUUUUUAAACAACCUAAAACUAGACUAAUAAAUAGUAAUUACCCAAAAAAGUAAAAGAAAUUUUUUUUCUAGUUUUCCUAACCUAAUGCAAAAGAAUAAUAAAUAAAGAUCACGAACUCCACCACUAUAUUCGUCGCGGUACCAUCCACUAUACUAUUGAUCUUACCCGUCGUUGUCGGUUGGUUGCCACCAAUAGUCAAACUCCAAGUCGCGACUCCAUUAAAAUUUCAGAUAAUAA